CCUGCAUGUGCACAGCGCCUCCUCAGAACUUGCUCGUAGCCUCUAGGCUGCAGACUUUGUUGGCAGGUUGUGGAUGCGGACAGACAACAGGAAACCAGUCAAUAAAAGAAAGAAAGAAAGACAGACAAACAGACAAACAGAAAGAAAGGAAGGAGACUUUGAAGUGAAGUCGAUGCUGCGCUUGGAAGCAGCUCCCUCAACAUGAGGGGCGACAUGUGACUUGUGGAGGAACACAGGCUGCUAAAAAGUUCCACAUCCACACUGGUCCGAGUUUCGUCGCGCACCACCGCGCGCAAUUACGCACGACUUUCGCCAUGGCACCGAUUUUGGACAGACGCGUCCCGGCUCUGCUCUUGGUAUGGAGCUACUGCGUCCUGGCGGAUUCCGCCUUUACGAACUUAACUCUGGAUAACGAGUUUCAUUCCAGCUUCAUCCACCGACGGCUGAAGAGUCAGGAGCGCAGGGAGAUGCAGCGGGAGAUCCUGUCGAUUCUGGGGCUGCCGCACCGGCCGCGACCCCACCUCCACGGAAAACACAACGCUGCCCCGAUGUUUAUGUUGGACUUGUACAACGCCAUGUCCACAGAGGGGGACGAGGACAGAUACUCUUACCCCUACAAGCCCGUCUUCACCACCCAGGGUCCCCCGAUGGCCAGUACGCAGGACAACGUCUUGAACGAUGCAGACAUGGUCAUGAGCUUUGUUAAUUUAGUGGAACAUGAUAGGGAGUUCCUACCAGUGCGGCGGCAUCAUCGAGAAUUCCGAUUUGACCUGUCAAAAAUUCCUGAGGGUGAGGUCGUGACAGCUGCAGAGUUUCGGAUGUAUAAAGACUUCAUCCAUGAACGUUAUGACAAUGAGACCUUCCGCAUCAGUGUCUACCAGGUGCUGGAGGAACAUUCUGACAGGGAGUCCGACCUCUUUCUGCUAGACUCUCGGGUAAUCUGGGCAGCAGAAGAAGGCUGGUUGGUGUUUGAUGUGACAGCUACAAGUAACCACUGGGUCCUGGACCCUGGCAGGAACCUUGGCCUCAACCUUUCCCUGGAGAGCAAUAAUGGAGAAAGCGUGAAUCCUCGUGUGGCAGGGUUGAUUGGCCGCAGCGGGCCUCAGAAUAAACAACCCUUCAUGGUGGCCUUCUUCAAAGCCACUGAGGUGCACCUGCGUAGCAUCCGCUCAGCACCAGGGGGCGCAAAGCAGCGAAACCCCAACCGGUCCAAAGGCGCAAAGACCCAAGAGGCGCUCCGAGUUGCAAACAUUGCAGAAAAUAGCAGCGCUGAUCAAAAGCAGGCAUGUAAGAAGCAUGAGCUGUACGUCAGUUUCAGAGACCUGGGGUGGCAGGAUUGGAUCAUUGCUCCAGAUGGGUAUGCAGCAUACUAUUGUGAAGGAGAGUGUGCCUUCCCACUCAACUCCUAUAUGAACGCCACAAACCAUGCCAUUGUUCAAACUCUUGUUCAUUUCAUCAACCCAGAGACGGUCCCUAAGCCUUGUUGCGCUCCCACGCAACUCCACAUCUCUGUGCUAUACUUUGAUGACAGCUCGAACGUCAUCUUGAAGAAAUACCGCAACAUGGUGGUCAGAGCGUGCGGCUGCCACUAGACGGCCAGCACGCUCACGCAGAGACUAACUAGUAGCAAGUGCUGCAUACUCAUCGUACUAUGUGCACGCAGUGUGGACGCUUUGUAAAGGGAGAUGUUUUGAGAGUUUCAACACGGACGGUUUACUAGAAAUAAGAGCUCGCAUUUCUUUUUCAAGGUUGUUUGUGAAGUACAGGAAACGUUCUAAAAUGUGGCUGGGCAGGAAUUUCGUCCAGUGCAAUGCACAUGCACAAACUCACACCCACACUCAUGUUUGUGCUUUCUACUGAGUGAACAAGACAUUUAAAAGCAGUGAUUGUCAAUCUUUUUGUUUUUUUCUAUAUUUGUUAUUGUAGUUUAUUCUUUUACUGUAGAUUCUAUUAUAGAUAUUUUUAUGUUCUGAAUCGAUGAAUUCUUCUUGUGUACAAUAUUGUGUAAAUAUCUUUUUUUUUCAAAGAAAAGCAAGAAGUGUAUUUAUUUCCUGGAAUACCCACUGGGUGUGUGUGGCCUUGUUCGUAAGCUGCCUCUUCUGUAUCAUCUUUCACACAAUACUACGUCAACUCAGAAAACAUGGUUCACACAAGUAUUUUGACACGAGUACUG